UCAGGCCUGCAUGAAAAGACUGGACCACGAAGAUAAGAUUCAUAUCUGUCUAUACCACUAAUCUCUCUUUUUUGGUAAACACUUUGCGCCUUCACACAGUGGAAAAACGCAAUGGGGUAGGUAGCGCAGUGUAGCGUACAGGGAUACUGACUCCAGACUCAGGUUCUGACAUCAGUGCAAAAAGCUGCCUACUCCAUCAGCAUUUGCUACAACAGGAUUCACUGCGGUGCGUCAACUGUCAUCCGUGUAUUCGUGCAAGUCCACGACUCCCAACAGUCCCUACUGUUAAUCGUGUGUCCACGAUUCUAAAACAUAUUAGGAGGAAAUCGUUAGUCUUUCAACACAAAAUGUUGACCAACGCGACGCGUUGCCUACGUUCACGGACAAACCGAAAACCACGGGUGAAGAACUAAAAAGAAAAACUUAAGUGAGGACCAUGCAACCUAACCAACCUGAGUCAUUUGGUGUUGAACUUACCUCAGGUUCUAACCAGCUCUGGAUUAUUCCUUAUUGGACUUCUAUCUCAACUAAUCUCUGAACAAGUGGGUCGGCCAGGCUGCGUCGCCCUGACAAUGACGACCAGCAUGCCAAGAAGCAGGAAAGGUCCAAUGCUUGGCUAACACGACCCAUUGAGACUGCGGACGAGUCAUCGUGUUGAGCUGGGAAUGGAGAAAUCAGAGUUCCACCAGGGACCCGGGAGAGUGGAGAGACUCCUGAGGCAGCUGAAAGAGACAGUUCUGGAGUUGGGAGAGGCGACUGCCACCAGGGACCUCCCGGAGGGGAGGCGGGGGAAGACUGGAGGUACGAGCCAGGAGGAGGAAGUCAAGGAGAUGAAGAAGAUUUUUUGUUUCCGAAAUGAUGGAGAGAGGUCUGACACGAUGAAGGAGACGGAGGGCUGGAGGGCGGGUGGUUUGGUGGUCCUAGAGGAGGCAUGGAAGGAAAGGAAGAGAGAGGGACAGUUCAGGGUUUUGAGACUCCUCCAGGAGCUGGGAGAGGUCCACACACAGCAAGUCAGUCUCUGGAGAGAGUCACUGCAAAGCACAGUGCGCAUGCUGUCCUUGAAUCCGACCGAAGAGAAGACUCCGGAGGUGUCCUCUCCAACAGAUGAGCUCCACUCUGACUGUCUCGGCGCCACCCUGGUCAGCGUGGAAGCAGACAUCAGGGUCAUCGAAGACAAACUCCGUCUCAUCCGCCGCAAGCUGACGACGGCCGCAACCGGAGUCCGAGUGGAGCGGGGGCAGGCGACCGACGCCGAGGACGGGUCGCCGGGAGGCCGGGAUGUUGACGGCGUCCAGGGGAGCUGUAGCCCCCGAUCUGACAGCACCGGCGCUGUAGAGAGUGGGUCUGCGGUCCAGGGAUCAGCCCUAGACCCCGGGACUGAAGUCAACCCAGAGGUCACACCGGAGACUCAGGCUGACUUACAGAAGGAGAGAGACAGGAGAGAAGGAGUUAAAGACGGGACCGAAGAGAAGGGCCAUCAGAGUGGAUGGGUCACACUCGGUCUAACAGGUCGGUCAGCCGACGGCCUGGCCGACAUUCCCGAUGCCUGCUUCGUGUCGGUCCCCGCGGGCGCGGCCGGAGCCCUGACCUGUGACCUGGCGGACGCCCUGAGCUUCGCCGUGGUGACCGGCUCAGAGGAGCUGGUUAGCAGGGUCCUCAGGGUCAGGGUCCGGGACGGAACCUGCUGCCCGUUUCCCGUCGCCGUGGCCGUGCCUUUCCGGGCGCGCUACCGUGGAAACUACCGGGACGUGGCGGUGAAGGUGGUGGACGAACAGGGGAGGACCAGCUACGUCCGUCCAUCGUACACGGAGGAGAUGUGCAGGGGGCACAAGGGCUCAUUUGCAGAGGUGAGGGUGUACACUCUGGGCCUGUUUGCGGUGGUUUCGUGUCUACGGAGAGAGAACUACACGGUCCCCAGGAGAGGUCUGUCACUCAGGCUCAGCGCAGACCCCCGUGUCUGUCUCCACUACCUCCCAGGAUGCUUCACUUCAUCAGUCGUGGCCCAGUCCAUGCUCCAGCCCGUCGACGGCUCCCUACUGGCCAGCCUGAAGUCCCGGAGAGAUGGUUACCACGCGGUCCUGUCCACCAGCCCCCUCCUCCACAUCACACACCCCUCCUCCCAGAACCUCCGGAGGCCCCUCACCGUCACACUGCCCUGCCCCCCCAACCCAGAAAAACGGAGAGGGGCGGGGCAGGGCGGGGAGCAGGCCCAACUCACCCGUCCCAUCUGCGGGGACGCGUCGCGAAGCACGCCAACUCUCCAGAAAGUGAGGGUGUCACUGAAGUGUUCUGGAGUGUUGUCGAGUGAGCUUUUGGUUCUACUGGGCUGGAAGGAUGACAAGUGGAACAUUCUAGAUAAGGUCACCUUGAGGAACCUGCAAAACGGCCUGGUGUCCUUCGAGCUGAGCGAGAACAUUGAGAGACUGUUUGUAGUGCGCCUCUUCUCUCCAGUGAGUCCCUCCCGCCUGACCGCCCUGGCAGAGGAGGUGGAGGAAAGGGUUCGGUGCACCGCGGUGAACAUAGUGCUCCAGCAAGCGCAGGCGGACCCCCACACGGCCCUGGUGGCCGUCCUGCCCAGCAGAGACCUGCCCCGGGCGAUGUCCGAACUCCGGGCCCAGGGCUACUGCGGCCCUGCGGAGCCCUCACUGGAGAUCGCCAUGUCAGAGGGGGAGCAGCUGCUCGUCUCCUUCAGUGGAAACAUUACGUUGACAGGGUCCCGGCACCAUCAGAGUGGCGAAGGUGGCGGCGGUGUUUGUGAGCGAAUAACUUUCCACAGUCAGAGAAAGAACCACCUCCGCUUGCAUUUGACCGAGGUGGACCCGUUUGGGAACUACAGCUCGCCCCACUACAAGGGCACGGCCCUGUUCUACAAGGUGGCUGUUGGUCGGGUGGAAUGGCGAGAGGGCCAGGCCACUCCCUCCUGCUGUGUGUCUCUUAAGGACCUCGUCUGCAAGCUGUCUGUGACUCUGCCCAAGAAAGUGAGAACCAGAAGUCGACCUGUGAGUGCUAAGGUGACAUCACAUGGCCAGUCAGGGUGUCUGUCGGACUCCGCCCUCCUCUGGCUGUCCGAGGAGCUCUCUGAGGAAGACGUUUCCCAGCUGGUCCUCUGCUUCCGUCUGCACCGUGGCUCCGUCCAGCUGGCAAGGCACCAGGCGCCGGGCGGCCCAGCCUCAUGGGCCUACCACGUCCUGGCUCUGUGGAGGAGGGCGCUCCCGGCCGGCCCGCACUCCGCCAAGACCGCCUCUCUGGCCCGCUGCCUGGCCAAGAGCGGACGGCCCGACCUGGCCAGAGAGCUGCUGUUACGACAGACGGCCACAGGGGAGAGCCCUGUGGAUUCUGACAAGUAGAGGGGGGCUGUUGGCGCAUCCUGAAGAUGAAGUGUAUGCUAAGCAGUGGUUCCCGGUGUUUAGUAGUUGUUAGUCCUGUGAGGGCUGCAUGACAGAACUAAACCUGUCUUUUAUUGGAGCAGCCAGUCCUAUCAGGAGGGACUUACAAUACAACAUGUAUAUAAGCUGUAGUAUGACAUAAUGUGAAGCUCGAGGGCAGUCUUGAAUGAAUCUUAUGUCUCCAUAUUGUCUUUGUUUCGACUCAUGAAUGAUGGCUGUGAGUGUGACUCAUACAUAAUGCAGAUUAUAGGCCUCUAGCGGCCAGAAGGCCACUGAACACGUCCUCCAUUUUAAUAUUGUCAUUGGGCUUCAUCACUCCUCAUCCUCUUUGCACUUCACUGCGUAUCUCUGCAUAACGGAACGCUCCGACCCGCUGUAUGUUGCUGAGGAGAGACCGUGUUCGUGGUCUCACCCGCUUGUGUCUUCAGCGGCCGAGUCCAUGGCUUAACUGUCUUCAGAGUAGGAAACAUACUGUGCCGGGUUGGGUCCUCUGAACGUCUGUGUUACAUGGCAGCGUUGUAGCUUGCUCUGACGCUGUUUGUCCACAUGGGGGCAGCAACAGCCAGGGAAAAUGUCUUCAGUUGAGUGGAACAGGGUUGCAGCAUUUAGGGAAUUUGAAAUUAGGACUGGGGCUUUUUGGAAAGCCAAGGAACCUAUUGAGAGUUGAGCAGAAUUUUUCAACAAUGGAAAUCAGUUAGCUUUCACCAGUAACAAGUGCAUUUGAUUCGUCCGCGGAAGUGAAUGAGCGUUGCGUGGGAAAAUCACGAAAUCCCGCUUCUCAGGACCGUGGACGUGCUGCAGAACAGGAAUACACGGUGUGUGAACGUUUUGUGGUGUAAUUCUGAGGAAAAGCAUGUGAUUGGAUCUUUGUGGCUACUGUAGCUGCACCCACGAUGCUCUAGUUGUAAAAUGUGAUCAAUCGUUUGACGUGUAAUAAACUCCUUAACAACAA